GAUUUACCUGAGAUGAAGAUGCUUCUCAUAUUGCUGGCUGUGGUGGCGGUAUGUCGAGGUGUACCUCAGAAGCCGAACCUGGACGCGAUACUUAACCGAAGAACCGACGUCUACAUAGCUGGUUUCUUUCCAUUUGGUAAAGGAGUAGAGAAUUCCAAUACUGGGCGCGGUGUGAUGCCGAGUGUGAAGCUAGCCCUGGAUCAUGUCAACGAACAUGACUCGGUGCUGAGGAACUACAGGCUUCACAUGUGGUGGAAUGACACGGAGUGUAACGCGGCAGUAGGUGUGAAGUCGUUUUUCGACAUGAUGCACAGCGGUCCUCACAAGCUGAUGCUGUUUGGAGCCGCUUGCACGCACGUCACUGAUCCCAUAGCGAAGGCUUCUAAGCACUGGCAUCUUACACAGCUUUCGUACGCCGACACCCACCCGAUGUUCACAAGAGAGGCUUUUCCAAAUUUCUUCCGCAUCGUGCCUUCAGAGAACGCAUUCAAUUUGCCCCGGAUCAGAUUACUGCAACACUUCAACUGGACCAGGGUUGGGACUAUUUAUCAGAACGAACCAAGAUAUGCUUUGGCUCACAAUCGACUACUGGCUGAUUUGGACACCCACGGAUUCCUGAUUGAAGAAACUCAGAGCUUCGCCACUGAAGUGAAAACCGCGUUGGCCAAGCUUAAAGAGAAAGACGUCAGAGUCAUUCUUGGAAACUUCAAUGAAACCUGGGCCCUGAAGAUAUUCUGUGAAGCCUACAAACUCGAGAUGUUUGGUCGAGCUUACUCCUGGCUCCUGCUGGGGACCUACAGUAACAGCUGGUGGACGCGACGGGCGCCUUGUUCCCGCCGGAACUUGACUGCCGCCCUUGACACGGCCAUUCUAACGGAUCUGCUGCCACUGUCUACCACCCAGGAGACCACCGUUUCUGGCAUUACGGCGAAAGACUAUCAAGUGGAGUAUGACAGGAGACGAGGAAUGGAAUACUCGAGAUUUCACGGCUACACCUACGAUGGUAUAUGGGCGAUGGCACUAGCGAUACAGACGGUGGCACAACGAGUAAAGCUGAGGAAUAAGGAGAAGACAGUGCAGGACUUCCGCUACAGAGACAAGGAGUGGGAGCAGUUGUUCCUGGAUGCGCUUAGUAAUGUGACAUUCGAAGGAGUCACCGGUCCAGUCCGGUUCUACGACAACGAACGCAAAGCCUCUAUCCUGUUGAAGCAGUUCCAAGGAGAUGAAGUAGGGGAAGUGAAGGUCGGGGAGUAUUGUGCUGAGAGAGAUCAUCUGGACCUGACUAGCUGGGAGUCAUUCAAAUGGCUGGGCAAGAAUCCUCCGAAAGAUCGAACGCUACGGCUCAUAGAGCACACACAAGUGAACAUCACUAUUUAUUCUAUCUUGGUCUCCUGCUCCGUGCUGGGUAUACUCCUAGCCACCGGCUUCCUCGCUAUGAACAUACAUUACAGGAAUCAGAGGUACAUAAAGAUGUCUUCACCGCAUUUGAACAAUCUCAUCAUCGUGGGCUGUAUGCUCACCUACCUGAGCGUGAUCUUCCUCGGCUUGGACUCCAGCCUCAGCAGCAUCGGUCUUUCUCAGGACACGCCGCGCGGAGCUGCCUUUCCCUACAUUUGCACCGCCAGGGCUUGGCUACUAAUGGCCGGUUUUAGUCUCGCUUUCGGAGCCAUGUUCUCAAAGACUUGGCGGGUCCACUCCAUCUUCACUGACGUCAAGCUAAAUAAGAAGGUCAUUAAAGAUUAUCAGCUCUUCAUGGUCGUGGGAGUGCUUCUCUGCAUCGACCUGGCAAUAAUGACGACUUGGCAGAUAUCUGAUCCUUUUUACAGAGCCACGAAACAGAUGGAUCCUUACCCUCACCCUUCGAGCGAGGACAUCGUGAUAGUUCAAGAGAACGAAUACUGUCAAUCAGAACGGAUGCCGAUCUUCAUUGGAGUCAUUUACGCUUACAAGGGCUUGCUGUUGGUAUUCGGAGCGUUCCUGGCGUGGGAGACCCGUCAUGUCUCUAUACCAGCUCUGAACGACUCCCAGCACAUCGGCUUAUCUGUUUACAACGUACUCAUCAUGUGUAUUAUGGGCGCAGCUAUUACUUUGGUGCUAGCUGACCACAAAGAUGCCUUGUUUGUAUUAAUUGGCAUCUUCAUCAUUUUUUGUACGACGGGAACUCUCUGUUUGGUGUUCGUACCGAAGUUGUUGGAGCUUCGCCGUAACGGUCAAGGCGGGGCGGGGGCGGGACGCAUCCGUGCCACACUGCGACCUGCCUCAGGGCACGAGUGCCGCUCGCCCGGACCCGAGCUGGAGAGGCGCCUCAAGGAGCUGAGACAGUACAACAACCGCUACAGGCGGACGUUGCAGGCCAAGGAGAAUGAGCUUCAGAUGCUACUCAGUAAGCUUGGCAGUGACGUCACUUCGGAAUCAUCUACGCGCGGGGACUCUCGGUCGCCAGCAACUCAGCGCAUAAAGCUGCCCAUACCGAAGGAGAAUAUUAGCCACCCUGAAACAAGCGACAUCACGUCUGUGUGCAGUCUGAGCGCCUCAGCUGGCGCGGAAACUGAAUACAUCAAUCUGCAGCCACAACAAUCUAUCGAGAAACCAAGGCCUUCAGCUCCUCCUGAGCCAAUCAAAGACCUAACACCCAAAGAGCCAAAGAAGGAGCAGACGAAAAAUGUGUCUUUCAAGAAUCAUCUGGAUUACACCAGUCCUCCGCCUACAUCCAAAGCUGUCCCGGAGAAAGAUCAGCUCGCGAAAUUGCCGUAUGGUUGGUCUUCUGAAGUUCGGGAACCAUUAGGUCCGGCAUUAAAAACAUCUAAAACUCCGGAGCCAGUUAAAUCUGAAGCUAAAACCGUACCGGCUCUGAAAAGCAGCGACACCCCGCCAGCGAUGUCUGUGCCAGCGAAAAUCCAGGAGCCGAUGUAUACCAAGGCAGCCACACCGAAGAUCAAUAAGACGCCAGAACUUCAAAAGAAAGCUGCUAUGCCUCAAGACACGGUGUCGACCAAAACAACUCCAUCUCGGGAACACAAGCCCGCUAGAGGACAUAGACGUAUGUCUAGCCUCAGCCAGAGUGCUCUCCUCACUGACCUCAUGCAUGUCUCCGUGGAUCAGGAUGAUACAGAGCCGCCCCCUGGUCUUGAAAGGAAGGUUAUAGGUCAAGAAAGAGACCCUCCGCCACCUCCAAUUGCGAAACCCAAGCAAGAACCGGAAGAUAUUCUGGACGUAGACCAUGAUUAUUCUUCAAUGGAAAGAAGGAAAUCUUGCCAAAGAAGAGACUCGGAGAAAAGAAAAAAAGAGAACUUCAUAGUAGUCCAGAGCGACCUGUGGGACACUAACACAUUUCAGUACACCUGCCAAAAAUCUCCUCCAGCCAGUCAUCAUCACACUCCGAUGCAGCGAAGUGUGUCGGAGAAGAGCAGACAGCAGCCUUCACCUCAUCACCAAAGGGAAGCGGAUAGAACUGUGGAGAGAAGAGCAUCAAAUGCUUCAAUUAAUUACGGUCCGGCAAGAGGAGGCACGCCAGAAGGUUAUCGAGAUGCGGAGACGCUGCGAAUGUCUGAUCGACAUGCCAAGCGUCGAGGAUCUGAAUUCCCGCAGCCGGUGAGCACUCCUCCACAGCAGUCGCAAACAAAACGAAGACAGUCGAUGGCACAGGUGAGAUCUUACGCGGAAGAGAGGCCAGAUAAAACGGAGAUCUCUCGAAGACACGAGGAGCCUAAAAAGAAACAAGAACCUGUCCAGGAAUCAGAAUGGAAGCCGGAGCCUGAUACUAUUAGAGUGUCGAAAACCCAGGAUUCUCCUGCGAAGAGGCUGAGGCAGGAGGCUGAACCGUUGAAGAGAGCGAAGGCUGUGGAGUCUCCUAGGUUAACCCAGGCCGGCAGUCAGCCUAGGCCAGAACAUUACAAGAGCAGCCCUAAUGUCGCGUCAAGGCAUAAAUCUGGGUCACCGAACAAACGCGAAGACAGAAAGUCGGCGUCGUACCGAAGCGAUUCAAAGCGUCAAGAUUCGGCGGAGCAACGGAAGAUGUACACCGCGAGCUCGGAGUCCGAACUGUUCGAAUGCGCCAUACUCCCUAUCUUCCACAAGCUAUUGACGGAAAGGCACAAAAGUCAACCGCACGGCUUGAACCUUAGUUACGGGGUCAGCUGUCCUAACAUAUCCAUUAAAUGUGACAUUGUUGAGUAUUUGUAGAUUGCGUGUGUCGCUACCACUAAUGGGUGUAAAGACUCAUGAGCACUCACUAUCUAAUUACGAGUCUUUGUUGCUCCAUUACUGCACGAUUUCUCGCCCACGAAAUUUGCAUUUAUGUGGAAUAAAAUGUUAUUCGAAGCAGCGGCGAAAAUUGCAAAUCGACUUUCACUUCACACGAAGGAAAUAAUUAUUUUAACCAUACAGGAUAAUACUUCCGAAAUUAGAAUGCCGAAAUUAGAAUUGAAGUCGUCGUGGCCUAAAGGAUAAGACGUCCGGUGCAUUCGUGUUGAGCGCGAUGCACCGAUGUUCGAA